CUGCCACCUCGCUCGCAUUUCUCUCCACACCCAGGCAGCAGCACCACCCCAUCUCCUCUUCGUCUUCCUCCUUCCCCGCUCUUCCUUUGCAAUUAACAGAAGAGGAACGAAGGAAGCCUUCCUUUGCAGCUUAACAAAACCGAGGGCAAAAGCGAUAUGGGUGCUUUCCUCCUCUUCCUCUGCGUGCUCGUGCCUUUCAUCGUCCUGGCGCGCGCCGUCCGCGGCAAGAAGGGCGGCGCAGGCCGGCGUUCCUCCUCGCCGUCGUCGUCGUCGUGCGGCAGCAGCAGCCUGGCGCUGCCGCCGGGUUCCAUGGGGUGGCCUUACGUGGGGGAGACGUUCCAGCUCUACUCGUCCAAGAACCCGAACGUGUUCUUCGCGAGGAAGCGCAACAAGUACGGGCCCAUCUUCAAGACGCACAUCCUGGGUUGCCCCUGCGUGAUGGUGUCCAGCCCCGAGGCCGCGCGGUUCGUGCUGGUCACGCAGGCGCACCUCUUCAAGCCCACCUUCCCGGCAAGCAAGGAGCGGAUGCUGGGGCCCCAGGCCAUCUUCUUCCAGCAGGGGGACUACCACGCCCACCUCCGCCGCCUCGUCUCCCGCGCCUUCUCCCCCGAGUCCAUCCGCGGCUCUGUCCCCGCCAUCGAGGCCAUCGCGCUCCGCUCCCUCCGAUCAUGGGACGGCCUGCAAGUCAACACUUUCCAAGAGAUGAAGACCUACGCUCUGAAUGUGGCAUUGCUGUCCAUCUUCGGGGAGGAGGAGAUGCAGUACAUCGAGGAGCUGAAGCAGUGCUACCUGACGCUGGAGAAAGGGUACAACUCGAUGCCGGUGAACCUGCCGGGCACGCUGUUCCACAAGGCCAUGAAGGCCCGGAAGCGCCUGGGCGCCAUUGUGGCCCACAUCAUCUCGGCCCGGCGCGAGCGCGAGCGGCAGCGCGGGAGCGACCUCCUGGGCUCCUUCAUGGACGACCGCGAGGCCCUCACCGACGCCCAGAUCGCCGACAACGCCAUCGGCGUCAUCUUCGCCGCCCGCGACACCACCGCCAGCGUCCUCACCUGGAUGGUCAAGUUCCUCGGCGACAACCCCGCCGUCCUCAAAGCCGUCACCGCGGAACAUGAAGAGAUCGCAAGGGAGAAGGAGUUGUCCGGUGAGCCGCUGUCGUGGGCUGACACGAGGCGGAUGCGGGUGACGAGCCGGGUGAUCCAGGAGACCAUGCGGGUGGCGUCCAUCCUCUCCUUCACCUUCAGGGAGGCCGUGGAGGACGUGGAGUACCAAGGGUACCUGAUUCCCAAGGGCUGGAAAGUGCUUCCCCUGUUUCGGAACAUCCACCAUAACCCCGACCACUUCCCCUGCCCGGAAAAGUUUGAUCCUUCCCGAUUCGAGGUGGCCCCGAAGCCUAACACGUUCAUGCCGUUCGGGAACGGGACCCACUCGUGCCCCGGCAACGAGCUGGCCAAGCUGGAGAUGCUCGUGCUGUGCCACCACCUCGCCACCAAGUACAGGUGGUCCACGUCCAAGUCCGAGAGCGGCGUUCAGUUCGGCCCCUUCGCGCUGCCGCUCAACGGCCUGCCCGUGAGCUUCACCCGCAAGGACGACGCAUGAUCCAUGAUCCAUCCAUCCAUUUCAUGCCUGCGUGCUACGUCAGGACAGCAUAUCCUUGCUACACGUACAAUCUCCCGGGGAUCAACAGCGCAGCCACACAGGCGAUCGGACUGCUGGAAAACUCUGCAGUUCCAUCAGUGUCCUCGCGCUGGGGGUGUCGCCAUCGGAGGGGACACCUGUAGCUGUAGCUGCAGGCGCCGCGCGCGGGGAGAGCCGAUCGGGUUGAUUCCGUGUAAGCACGGGACCGUCAAAGUCCUUUGUACAGAUUCUUCAGCGAGGACCAUGACGGCCCGGCAAGAGAAGACCAGGAAAAUCAAUCAAAAAGACACAAAACAACGUAGGCAAUUUUCAGCUCUAGAGAUCUGAGGGCCACGAAGAAGUGGCGCUCAGUUGUAAAACCAACCAUUUUUUAUCCUUUUCUUUCAGAUAUUUUUUUUUCGUUUUCGUUUUUGGCAACACCGAUAGGAGGAGGAGGAGGAGGAGAAGAUCACCGAGACAACAGGACAGGAGGCCCUGAUUGGGACCUAACUAAGAUAGGUUGCCCGCCUGAAAGCAGGCUGGCAGCUGCUAGGCAUCGAUCGAUCUCGCAAGAGCCAGAAGGGAAUAACGUCGUGAUCCUGCGGCUCAAGGCCCCGGGAGAGCGACUCCUUUUGUAUUGUUGUUACACGUCCAAUGCAAGAGGAAAUGGCUUUCUUAUGGAA